AUGCUCGCGAUGUCGCAACCUCUCGCUUGGCGGAUGAACAUCCCGCCCGAUCGCCCGACGCGCGUGCUUCUCCACAACCGGCCCAUGUGUCGAUGGGCAAAACGGCAACAAUCGACGCUCGAUGAAAUUGUGAUGGCCGCGCUUCUUAAGCUCUCUUCCAGCGCCCAGGUUAGAGGGGGGCGGCAGCUGCGCGCCGGCCCGUACUUGUGGUUGCGGAGACGGUCGGAUCUGUUUAGUGCUUGGAUUGAGGUUGUGGAUGUUGUUCAGACACAGUUUCUUUCCAACUUGCGAUUGGAGAUGCGUCAUUGUGACCAAAGGGUGUAUGUUUGUAGCGUUGAUGAUAUGCAACUAGACACGUGCAAGGUAGACUUGACACUUGAUAUUUUGCGAUUAUCAGUGUAUCAAGCCCAGGCACUGUGGUCUUCUGCAUGCGGCAUACAUGCAUCAAGUCUUCGACGAGGUUCGAGGUACGCAUACCGUCCCAUCGUUCAUGUCCGUUGCUAA